ACGAGCAAGAUCCUUGGAUCUGAUUACAUUACAUUACACGUCAUUUAACAGACGCUUUUAUCCAAAGGAAUUGAGUACAAUCAGCCAGGGAUGGAGUCGAACUUGCGACCAUUACCGGUCUUAACCACUGAGCCACUCCACCCCGAUUCAGUGCAUGGACGCGCGCCGACCUCGGAGACGCACAGCGCACAGGAUUUUGCGCACUGAAGUAGAGCUGAGCAGAGCGCACAGAGAGCGCGCACAAGAGGGGACAGCUGUCUCAGUGACUGCAGUCCUAUCACUGCGAGACGGACACACUCACUUUUGUACUACUUUGUUCAACUCACUGACGAGAACAGCCGCUCCGGAUCGAGUAGAAGGAGAUUUAUCACGGCAUUUUAUGUAGGUUCGUCUUGACGCGCAACUUAAGAGGACUGUUGCUGCAGCUGAGACAGAGAGACCCACGAGUCCCAGCUGCUCAAGGGGAAAUUCACACAGCGUCCCGAGACACGAGGACGUCCUUGGGAGUAUUUUAGGACUGUUUGCCCAAAGUGGAUUGAACAAUCAUCCCAGUCGCUUUACACAACUGAGUGAGGUGUUGCCUUUGCAAAACGGUGAUAACAGCGAUGUUUCAGCGACACGUGCGUCUGCCUCUCUCCAAAAUCUCCCAGAGAGGAUUUAAGCUGCGCUCAUCUUGAAUAAAGUCGACAAGUCAUUGACGAUGAGGGCACUGCAAACGCUCCUGCUUCUCUCUGUCCUGCACCAGGUCACAUGCAGAAAGGUGCAUGGCGGAGCCACAGAGCUCACCGAGUGGGCAGACGGCCAUAAUGAGCAGAAGAUCUCUCCCACGGGGGUCAGCCCACGGAUCCUCAACCCCUUGCGCUUGUUUGCCAGGGGCUCCCCGGGGUUCAAGAGCAACAUGAGGGAAAUAACAUAUUUACAGAACAUGGAGGACUUUUGGGACUGGUUAUCCAACCAGACAGAUGUUCAGGGCGCACAGGCCAGAACUAAACGAAGGCCCAUCGUCAAGACUGGCAAGUUCAAAAAGAUGUUCGGGUGGGGGGAUUUCCACUCCAACAUCAAGACGGUCAAACUCAACCUGCUGAUCACAGGAAAGAUCGUGGACCACGGGAACGGAACUUUCAGCGUCUACUUCCGCCACAACUCCACGGGCCUGGGGAACGUGUCCGUCAGCUUGGUGCCGCCGUCCAAGGUGGUGGAGUUCGAGAUCGCCCAGCAAUCCACGCUGGAGAACAAAGACACCAAAUCCUUCAACUGCCGCAUUGAGUACGAGAAGACGGACCGCAACAAGAAGACUGCCAUGUGCAACUUUGACCAGUCCAAGAUGUGCUAUCAGGAACAGACGCAGAGCCACGUGUCCUGGCUCUGCUCGAAACCCUUUAAAGUCAUAUGCAUCUAUAUAGCCUUUUACAGCGUAGACUAUAAACUGGUGCAAAAGGUAUGCCCUGACUACAACUACCAUAGCGACACACCGUACUCCUCCACAGGAUGACCUAGCGGUUGUUAGAACGCAUCAACCUUUUGUUUUAUCGUCAAAUUAUGUAAAUGUCAACUUCUAAUCUUCUUGUCCUUAAAUACCCGAGGCAUUCUGCAGGCGGGACACGCACACUCGCGAGGGAUUUGCCACAUUACUGCAAACCUUUUGUACAUAUUGCACAUGUAUGCAGCUCUAACUCUGUCAGAUAUUUAGAGUCCAGGGACUCGGGUUUUAGUGGUCGGCUCGGGAUUGAGAGCUCGCUACCAACCCCCCGGGUGACUUUCUCCCAUCACAACAGCACACAUGUUCUUUGUGAAAUAAUGACUAUGUUCUCCAGAUGUUGUCUUUAAGGCUCGGCCACAGGCAUGCGGCAAUCUCACGUGGCUCGAUUGCCAAUGCAGCAUGGAUGUUAGCGUCAUCACACAACUCUCUCAACUCAUUCACGCCGACAUUUAUGGGGGUGGAAAAUGACAAGGCUUUAAAUCAAGUUAAUAAUCACUUACACAUUUGAAUUGUGACUCGGCAGGCCAUGAAAUUUAAACACUUCUUUUGACCGAUACGUCACAAUUAUCUCUCCAUCGUUUCAAAGUGGAGCCGCUGUCCAUUUGUACCUGUGAGCAGAACACAGGUGGGGCAGCCUUUUAUUUCAGAUUAAGUAGAUUAAUGAGUCAUUUUUCAAAGUAGCUCUGCAUAAAUAAUAUCUUUUAUCUCUGCUGUCUGUCUCUUGUCAGGACUGAAAUGAUGUGAAAUAAUUCACUGAGCAAAUUGUACGUGCAUGCGCACGACAAUUUAAGACGAUUCAGCUGAUCUGAUUGCGGCAAAAAAAAAAAGAAGAAGAAAAAAAACUACAUGAGAGCAUGAACAUAAAUCACGACACACACAGUGUGUAUGUAGACGGGGGCUCAGGUGUGCUGGUUCUUAUAGAGCGUUGGUUUUCAGUGCUACGGUCGCCAUAAGGUGUGCGUGUUUCCGCUAAACUAGCCCCAAAAACGAACAUCUGUGUUUGCAAGAUGCACUUUGAGGCAUCAGUCUGCCGCGAGAGCCACACUCCGGAUUAAUGUGUCAGGAGAGGUGGCUGUGGGGGUGUUGGAGUGGGGGAUAAUUGCAGGACAGGUGGAUUUAGUGAGUCUGGCAGACAAUUAUCAGCACUUUGUCAUGGUCCUGCCACGAGCCUUGACAUUACCUGUCUUUAAUAGGCUUUAAUUAGCUUGGGAAAUUUCAUUUACUUAACACCAAGGAGUGAAACCAAAAGGAGAAAAAGAAAAAGGUAUGUGUGUGUGUGUGUGGGGGGGAGUAGAAAAUCCGUCUGGAAUCUUAAUGAGACGUGGGACCAUAAAAUUUGAAAAUGUCAGACAUUUCCCAAAUGUACAGCAGGCUUAAACCGAACAAGUUUUGUGUAAAAGUGGAUAACAUCCAGUCUUGUAGUGAACGGUGUGAUGUGCUUUGACUUUGCAGCGACAAAAACAUCUUAAAAAUGUUUUGUUGAAAACCGUUUAACAUUAAAUAAUGUCAUGAGUUGUGUUGUUUUCACACCGGCGGAGGGGAGGGUUGGGCUGUUACACACGCCGCAAUUAUUGUUAUUGGUUACUUUCCUCGCUGUAUCCCAUGCCUUUGUCCAUCUGCUGUAAACGAAACCCCUGUCGCAUUAAACAUGUGGUGAGGUGUACGAUAAGGAAAUGUUGAAAUCAGAGUUGAUAUACGUUGAUGUUUCAGUUUUACUCCUUUGUGAAAAUGCCGUGUAUUAUCGUGAAACUUUAAUGUGUUUAAUUAUGGCUUCAGAGUAAAUGAUGUCAAUCAAUUCUCUUUUUUUUUUUUCCAGAGAAAUAUAUCAAUGAGUGUACUGAUCCUUAUUUUUUGGUGAUUGUUCGGCGGCAUCUUGUAAUCAUAUCUGUUGCUUCUAGUAAUAGAGUUCCAUAUUUGUAAUCCAUGCAAAUUGUACCUAAUUUGAUUUCUUGCUUGCUUAAUCUUGUUUUAACGGUUCCCCUGUAAAAUAGGCAUAAGAGCAAUGCUGUGUGUAUAAUGUAUGUACGAAUGUUCAUUUUUUGGAAUAUUUGAAUUCAUAUGGGGGUUACUUUUGUUAACACUGAAAACUGUAAAGAUCAAUUUAGGUUUUUAUGGCAUUAAACCUUAUUUGAACUCGGCUCACAGCACAGUCA